GCAGAACCAAAACCAGAGAAAAGAAGCACAUAAGUGACACAACUCACGCCAAGCGCAGCAUACCACUCCAUCCUCUCGCUGUCUCGCAUCGCCUACUCUCCGGACAGCGAACACCGCCCUCCUCCACUUCGCCGCUCGUCCUGCGCAGCUACCAGUCAAAGGCUUUGACUGCUGACCUGCUUCUCCAGACUCCAGUUCUCUCGAGGAGUCGAGGUACUCAGUAUCUAACAGUAGGAAUGUAGUAUCUUCCAUCUUCAUCCAUUCCAUCUCACUAUCAUAGUCGGCUGUUUUCACUUCCUCGGUUGGAUUCAUCCCUCGAUGGCAGAAAAUGAAGCUUCAACUUCGGUAAAGAACCGUGCUUCAAGUGAGCUGAACUUGAUUACGAAUGUCAAACGCUUGCACUUCUGGCUUCUACUAUCCCUGAAUGUGGUAUUCCUCCUGGUUGGUCAGGCUGCUGCUAUCAUUCUUGGGAGAAUUUACUAUGACAAAGGCGGUAACAGUACAUGGUUGGCCACUAUUAUUCAGACAGCUGGGUUUCCUGUGCUUUUAAUCCCUUAUUUUCUUAUUCCAUCUCCCAAACAACACUCGGCUGAUUCAUCAAACCACCUCCGACCUCCACCAUCCGCCAUCAAGGUUGCUAUGACCUACCUCUUGCUCGGUGCCCUCAUUGCUGGGGACAACAUGCUAUAUUCCAUUUCACUUUUGUACCUAUCAGCCUCAACUUAUUCUCUUAUUUGUGCAACGCAACUAGUCUUCAAUGCCAUUUUCUCAUUUUUCAUCAAUGGCCAAAAAUUCACAAUGUUUAUCUUUAACUCUGUGAUUGUCCUUUCGUUAGCUGCGAGUAUGCUUGCCAUUGACGAAGACUCCGAUAAACCUUUGGGCGUAACUAGGGGGAAAUAUAUAUUUGGAAUUAUUGCUGCUAUCAUAGCCUCUGCGUUGUACUCCCUCACACUCUCCUUGAUGCAGCUUUCGUUUCAAAAAGUAAUAAAGAAAGAAACUUUCUCUGUGGUUCUUGAAAUGCAAAUAUUUACAUCACUGGUAGCCACAGCAGUCUCCAUCGCUGGGCUUUUUGUGAGUGGCGAAUGGAGAACUUUGCCUGCAGAAAUGCACAGUUUCACUUCAGGAAAAGUGGCAUAUGUGCAGGUGUUAGUGUGGACCGGUGUGGGGUGGCAGAUAUGUGCGGUUGGUGUUGUGGGUUUGAUUUUUGUGGUGUCCUCACUCUUCUCGAAUGUUAUUAGUACUCUUUCUCUAGCUGUCACUCCUGCUGCUUCGGUGAUCAUCCUGCACGAUAAGAUGAGUGGUAUCAAAAUCAUUGCCUUGCUAAUGUCAAUGUGGGGUUUCACAACUUACAUAUAUCAGAAUUACCUGGACUAUCAGAAGGAAAGGAAAUUACACAUUGAUUCGAGUAAUAAUAAUGUUCCUAAUGAUACCUGUUGCUAAUCAUAGUUGGAUGGAUUAGACCUUUCACAAUUAUGGAUCAAGUUUCACAUUGAUGGUAACAUCGUGAACAAGGAAUUGCAUGCGUCAUUAGGCUUCUAGUACAUAUGAUAAGCAAGUUACGUUUGACAAAUAAAUUAUUUAUAUUGACCUCCUUCAUGUGUAAAGUGUACACUCCCAGCCCAGGUCAGGUAUGGAGUCCUUUGAUUUUGGAAGGAAUUCCUACUUCUGAGAGCUUUAUAAAAAUUCACAACCCGUAUUUCCUCCUUGAGUUAUUCAAGUUCAUAUGAUUUGGUCCAUAUUAUUUAUUCAAGUUCAUUA